AUGGCUUUUCUAGCCAUCCUCGUAUCAUCAAUGCUGGUCCUCGCAGAGCUACCGACGCCCACGCGAUCCCAUGGAUCUGACGACCGGCGAAUCGAUCCCCCCAGGGAAUCUCGCGACGCGGACGCCAGUAUGUACAUCGUGCGCCUGCAUUCCGCGCCCCCGCUCGCUGCAUAUCGCGGCGAAAUCGCUGGAUAUCCCGCCAUCGUAACUACCAACAGCGUCGACGAUCCAGAUGAUGACGGGGAGUACGACUCAUGGCCGACGUUGCGGCGGCCCGUUGGCGCGACGACGGGCUCCGCAGAUUCACGAAGUGAAGCAGACAGCAGUUCUGGGAAUCUGACGCUUGAGAAUACAAGCAGUCUGAAGGAGCCUCCGGAAAAUCUUGCGGUUGGGCGGGCGCGGAUGAGCAUGCGCGCCUCCCACGUGCGCGCAUAUGCGGAGUUUCUGGCCCAGAUGCAGGCAGAGGUCGCCGCGGAAGUCGGUAUCGCGGCGGAUAAUAUCGCGUACAGCUACAAGCACAUCAUAAAUGGCUUCGCCGCGCUGCUCUCUCCCGCGCAACUCCGCAGCCUCGCGCGCCACCCUGCCGUCGCCUCCGCGCGCCCCAGCCGCCCCCUCCGCCCCGACACCAUCGACUCCCCCGCGUUCUUAGGGCUCGCGGAACUCGCAGGCGCGCGCAACCGCGCCAACCGCGGAAGCGGGGGAGUGUGGCGCGCGCUUGGCGGGCAGCGGAGGGCGGGGGAAGGGAUGGUGGUGGGGGUUAUAGACUCUGGAAUUUGGCCCGAGCAUCCGUCGUUUAGCGACAAGAAUUUCAGCGCGAUUCGGCCAAACGGAUGGUCAGGAUCGUGCGAUGCUACGUCAGACUUCAGGUGCAACAACAAAAUCAUCGGGGCGCGGAUAUUCAACGCGGCCUUCCGGGCGAAGCACGGGAAACCGGACCUUAGUACUGAUUGGCUGUCGCCGCGAGAUGGAUUCGGCCACGGCACCUGGUGUGCGGGCGCGGCAGCGGGCAACAGCGGCGUGGCCAUGGCGGGCGGCAGGGCGAGCGGCAUGGCGCCAGCAGCGCGCCUCGCGGCCUACAAGGUCUUCUGGUACUCCCAAGGCGACCGCCCGGAGAUGCGCGCUCUGGGCGGCGAGUCUGCGGAUCUUCUGGCGGCGGUGAAUCAGGCUGUAGCGGACGGCGUGCAUGUGAUGUCCAUCUCCCUCUCGGCCGACGACCCCGAUGCCACGUAUAUUGAUGACGUGGCAUACAUGAACGCGAAUCUGGCGGGGGUAACGGUGGUGAUGUCAGCGGGCAACAACGGGGCGCCUCUGUCAAACCCCCUGGGCACAUACCGCACCGUUAGCAACUUCUCACCCUUCUACCUCACCGUGGGGGCAAGCUCCAUUACACGAGGAGGAGUAUCCCUCGCCACCUCACCCACACCAGACGUCGAAUACGGGAGCCGCCACGCCUCCAACAGCCUCUUAAAGCCCGACGUCAUCGGCCCAGGGGUCGACCUCUGGGCGGCAUGGGUCGGCACAGUCCCGGGGAAGGCAGGGGGGAGGGGCGGGCGAGGGGGGGAGGCGUCUCAGCUGUCGGGGACGUCGAUGGCGACGCCUCACUUGGCGGGCAUUGCUGCUCUCAUCAUGCAGAAGCACCCCAAGUGGAGCCCCGCGCAGGUCAUGUCCGCCAUUAUGACCACUGCCAUAACUAGGAACACCAAGGGGAGGAGAAUUUUGAAUGAGCGUGGUGUGGCUGCUACCCCUUGGGAGAUGGGAUCCGGGCAUGUGUUUCCCCAGAGGGCUUUGGACCCUGGGCUGACCUACAAUGCCCGGAGAUGGGCUUAUGUGAAUUUUCUUGCUGGGCAGGAUUAUCGGGCAGCAAAGAAGGAGUUUCCAAGGGCGAAACUUAACCGGAAGAAGGCGUGGAAUUUGAACCGGCCAACGAUUUCGGUGGCGAGGUUGAAAGGGUCGGUGGAUGUGUUUAGAACGGUGGCCGUCACGGCUCUCUCUUUCAGAACCGCAGUUAGGGGUGCUGCUCUCUCCACCCCCAACCUAGUGGCUGUCGCGCCGAUCGCCCCUCGCGGGCUCGGCGUCUCCGCCCUCCUAAACUUCAACAAUUCCGCAGCUCCCUCUAAGAACGUCCCCGUUAAGAAGCAGCUACGAACAGAGGAUGGAAUUUUCGGCACUUCGGGAGGGUUCGGCUUCACGAAGGCCAACGAGCUCUUCGUGGGGCGCGUCGCGAUGCUCGGCUUCGCCGCGUCGCUCCUCGGCGAGGCCGUCACGGGGCAGGGUAUUCUCUCGCAGCUCAAUCUCGAAACCGGCAUUCCGAUCACGGAAGCCGAGCCACUCUUACUCUUCUUCAUCGCAUUCACCGUGCUCGGCGCGAUCGGCGGGCUGGGCGAUCGCGGGCGGUUCGUGGACGACGAGCCGGCGGGGCCGCCCGUGAAGCCCGGGAGCUUCAAGUCGGCUCUGGGGCUGAGCGAGGACGGGCCGCUGUUUGGAUUCACCAAGGCGAAUGAGCUGUUCGUGGGGCGCAUGGCGCAGCUAGGGUUUGCCGCGUCGCUGAUUGGCGAGGUGGUGACGGGGCGGGGUGCGCUGGCGCAGUUGAAUAUUGAGACGGGCCUGCCGGUUUGGGAGCUGGAGCCGCUGCUGCUCGCGAGCAUCGCGUUCUUCUUCGUCGCGGCGAUUAACCCCGGUACAGGAAAGUUCAUUAACGAUGAAGAGUGA